AAGAGAAGUUUUGCGUUUUACGUGUGGAAUUGUUCGCUACAAGUAGAGAAUUAAUUUUCCUUUCUUUCAAUCUAACGUUUAAAAUAUGAGUGCUUGUCUUCCUGAACUUCCUCCAGAUGUGCCAACUCAUGGAUUCCAAAUUGCUCCUGGGAGAUACAUUGGAGAAGCAUUUCCAUGCUUCAUCAUAGCUGAAGUUGGACAAAACCAUAAUGGAGAUAUGGGCAUGGCUAAGAAUCUUAUUUCAUUGGCUGUGGAUUGUGGGGCAGAUUGUGUGAAGUUCCAGAAGACAGAUGUAAAGAGUAGAUUCACCAAAAGUGUAUACACAAAACCUUACUCUGGUAGAAAUUCAUUUGGAAAAACUUAUGGUGAACACCGUGAAAACAUUGAAUUAACAGAGGAAAAUUUCAUUGAAUUGAGUAAAUUUGCUGAAGCCAUGGGAAUAUACUUCACUGCAUCUGGAAUGGAUAAGCCUUCCAUUGAUUUUCUAAAUGAAAUUGAUGUCCCCUUCUUCAAGAUAGGAUCCGCUGAUUGUAAUAAUAUACCGCUUUUGAGACAUGCUUGCAAAUAUCGAAGGCCUCUUAUUGUUUCAACUGGAAUGUCAAGUGAAGACACAGUUUGUACUAUGUAUCAUGAAGUUUUGGCCCAUCAAAAGUAUCUUGCUAUCCUUCACUGUACUAGUACCUAUCCUACUCCACCUAACAAGAUAAACUUAAAUGUGAUUAAGAGGUAUAAAGAGUUGUUUCCUCGUGCUGUCAUUGGCUACUCUGGUCAUGAAGUUGGAAUUGAUAUAAGUGUGGCUGCCGUAGCUGCUGGUGCUAAGGUUUUGGAAAGACAUAUAACUUUUGAUCAUGACUUACCAGGCAGUGAUCAUAUUGCAUCCCUUGAACCUGAAGAACUGAAAAACCUUGUUUGUGAAGUUAGACUUAUAGAAGAAGCUAUGGGGUCUCCAAAGAAACAAGUGCAAGACUGUGAACUUCCCUGCUACAAUAAAUUAGGAAAAACAGUUGUGGCUUCUAGAUACAUUGCACAAGGAACCAUAAUUGAAGAAGACAUGCUUGAAGUUAAAGUAGCCGAAAAGAAAGGCUGGGAUCCUAUUAAGUUUUAUGAUUUGGUUGGUCGUAAGUUAAAUAAAGAUGUAGAAGAAGAUGAGGUAAUUCAACGUGAAGAUGUCGCCUAGAAUAAAUUUUUAAAAAUAUUUAUGAUGUUUGUAGUAUCAUUUGCAUACAUUUUGCUAAUGUCUUUGAUAUUCAAGUUAUUCAAGUCUCUUUUUCACUUGGGAAUUAUAAUAUUUUCUGAUUUGUGCAAAAAUUUUGAUCCUGCAACAUUUUUACAAAGUAGAAAAUAACAUUUUCAUGAAAUGAACAUUCAUCUUCUUUGUGUCAAGUGAAGCAUUUUUUUGAUACUUGAAACUAGAUUAAUUAGUAGUUUUGAAAGAUCAAUUUAUAAAUCCUGAUGUGAACUUUUGUCAGUUACUAAAGUAUAGUUCCUUUUACACAAUGUUUUAUAAGCAUAUUUACAAUUCUUGAAGGCUAUAGGUUUUACUAAAAUAUUUUCUAUAGAUUUUGGAUAUACAUGUGACAUUUUUGAAGAGUUAAAUAAAUUCAUGUGAUUUACUUUGCUGCUUUGUCUGUGAUUGUUUAAUUUAAAAAAAAAAAAACAUGCAUUCAACAAUCCAUUUUACAAGUACACUAUUUAUGGAAAUGUUUUAGAAUUUUACAAACUAUGUAUUUUUGACAGUUGUUAUAUAGCCCAUAGCGUAAAUUUGUUUUAAUUUUUUAGCAAUAAGUUUAAUAAUAUUAUGCUAAAAAAUGUCGUGUUAUGUUUAGUUUUCAGUGCUUCAUACAUUUAAGUUUACUGUAUUUUAUUGAUUUGCAAAUUGGUUACAUAAAUAAAUUUAGACUAGCUUUUAGAUAAAAUAUGUGAAAUCAAGUGUUAUUCUAAAAUAUUUUGACUGUUUAUGCAUGUAUUAUUGUCUUUUGGUCUCAAUGUUUGUGUUGUGGUUGCUUUGUAUGUAUCAUUAAUGAAAAGUAUAAUUUUUUAAUAUUUGUAAAAAAAAUAUCUAGUUCUAGAAAUAAAAUUUUGCACAGUUAUGAAUGAUUUAUGAAAGAUUUUUAAGAAAUUAAAUGUAAUACAAAGCUUUUCAAACAAACAUUAUUUUGCUUAAAAUUAAACUGUACAUAAACUUUUUUUUUUUUUUUUUUUUUGAAAAAUACAAGUUAGGGUUUUUUUUUUCACUAGUUAAAAUGAUUUUUAUUUACAUUACGUUCCAUUUUACUACUAAAAUUAGUCUUAUCUAAGAAAGAAAAACUAAUUUCUAGAAUGUCUUUUACUGUAAAUGGUUCUUUCCAGUUUUCCUUCAUAUUCAUUGAAAUUUGGAACUUUGUUAAUAGUUAUUUUACUUAUUAUAAGUUGUCUGCUGAAAGACAAAAGAGCUUUGAACUUGCCUCAUAUUGCUUUGUGCCAACCAACUGCAUUUGAUGAACUGCAUACAAUUUUGUGUGAAACUUUAACUAUUUUUGAAACAUUCGAUAUUAUGUAAACUCAUUUUUGUUACUGUUAAAAAAAUGUAUGUAUAUUUAUGUAUAUGAACAGAACUUUAUUGUUGAAAAAGGUAUAUUUAAGUCACACACAGUUCAUCUAAAUGAUUUUGUGAUACUUUGAAAUAUAUGGUGCUGUGUUGUC